UUUAAAUCUGGUGACCCAUUGUGAGUUCCUAAAUAUUGUUUAAUUUAUGGAUUCUUAUCGGAGGCGAGGAAGAAGAAAAUAUGAUCUACUUCUGCCUUUUUUCACACUCUACCCUCCGCAGAUCCCACUUUGUGGGAUUACACUGGGUAUGUUGUCGUUGUUGUUUGCUUUUAAGAUAGUUUAAUGUAUUUGUUGUGGACUUCUUCCUAUUAAUUUUCUCAUGCUGCAGAAUUCAAAGAUCGUAUUGAGCAUAUUUUUAACCAGCCAAUUGUUUGUGUAUAUGUAUUUGUCCACUUUCCACAACGUAAUGCUCGACCACGAAAAGAAAAUACAAAAUUGGAUGUCAUUUGAGGUGAUAAAGCAUUCUACUAGCUCUUGUAAAAACUUGAGAUAUGUGACUAGGAGGAAAUCUUGGCCAGCUCUUUGAUGUCUUUUAGAUGUUAAACAGCUUAAAUUUCUGCAUCAAUUCGAGCAGGAAAAAGAAGUCCAGCAAGUGUGAUAAAAGUUAAAACCUGAAACACGGUCCAUUUUUACUUAGUGGACCAAGGUAUCUCCAGUGUCCAAUAGAGCGGUGACUACCAAUCUAAGCAUAAAAUUUCAGGAUUUCUUUUUUGAGAACCGUUCAAUGUUUACUUCAUCUCCUGGUCCUUCUCUAGCCUAUUGGUACUGAAGAUGGCAAAAUAAGGAAGAAGAAAAGUCGAGAACCUUCUUACUAUAGUUUUUUUCCCUGAUAAAAAGCAACUGUCUCAGAAAUCUUCUUUUCGUUGUUGUAGUUAUGUUGAAUAUGUCUUGGUCUGUUUUCUCUAUUGAAAGGUCAUGAGUGCUUUUAUUUCAUUAUUUUAAACCAAUUCACUUUCAUUUUACUGAAUUUGUUAGUUACUUGGUUAUAGAAAUAUAUAAAGCUUUCUCUUUGCUGCUUUUGGGAUUAAAACAAAGUGGAUAUGUGAGACUGGAUGCUAGCUUGUGCAUGGUGUCAACUUAGAUUACUUCAGAUGAUUGGAGUUAGGAGUACUUGAUUCUGCUAAUUCAAGGAUGCAGUUUUAGGUCAAGGGAAACGUGAAUUUCAUGGCCUUGGCUUGAGAUGACUGUUGAGCAGAGAGCUAGUUGACAUUAGAUCCAGAAAAUACUAUAUAGAGGCAGAUACAAGUCUGCUCUUCAUCAAGCACGAUAGAUAAGAUGGACGAUGGGGGCCACCGCGAAAAUAGGAGACACAGAAUGGAUUGCUCCAGAGGAGGUCAUGCACCGUGGAACAUGGUACCUCCUUACCAGAUGAAGGACCAAGAGGCUAUCAUAAUGAAUACGAAAAUCAGAAUGAUAUUUGCUGAAAGAGAUGCUGCUGUUGAAGAACGGAAUAAAGCGGUGAUUGAAAAGAAGGAAGCAUUCGCUGAGCGAGAUUUUGCAAUCCAACAGCGAGAUGCCGCAUUUGCUGAGCGAGAUACUGCCAUCAAAGAAAGGGACAAUGCAAUGGCUGCCCUCCACUUUUUAGAAAGUACCAUGAAUGGCACAUUGGGUAGUAGGACACGUGGGACAAAGCGCCCCAGUCAACCUAAAAAUCAUCGCAACAAUAACACUGAUUCUGUUUGUAUAAAUAGGGAUGUGCCCGUAGCUGAUGCUUUUCCUAUAUCGGCCAUUUCAUCUGAAGCUGCUAAGGCACUCCAAGUAAAACGAUCAAAAGUAAACAAAGGCAUGUCAACGAAGUCAGCAAAAUCUCCAAAGAAGGCAAAGAAAGUGAAUGAAGAUUUGAAUCGGCAUCUUACAACGGAUGGAUCUAAAGCUGAAUGGGAUGCUCAGGAUCUUGGGUCGAUAAACCAGAUCCAGUUUGACGAGUCUACCAUGCCAAUACCUGUUUGCACAUGUACGGGAAUACCAAGGCAGUGUUACAAAUGGGGAAGUGGGGGAUGGCAGUCAUCUUGCUGCACUACAUAUCUGUCAGAAUAUCCACUACCACAAUUGCCAAACAAACGCCAUGCCCGUUUAGGUGGUAGGAAAAUGAGUGGAAGCGUUUUUAGCAGAUUGCUUACAAGGCUUGCAGUAGCUGACCACGAUCUGUCUAUGCCCAUUGAUCUUAAGACUUAUUGGGCUAAACAUGGUACAAAUCGUUACAUUACCAUUAAAUGAUGCAUCAAUGUUGGUUUAUUGGCUAGUUGCUUUUGCGGAGGGUACAUAUUAGGCCUGGAUGACAGAGAUGCUUGAUAGGUAUCCGAGGAAGGAAACCCAAGAGCUUGACUAUAUGAUCAAAAGCCCUUUCGGAUGUUCGCGAUGACCUUGUGCUGUGACUAAAUGCAAUGGAACUGACUUUUGGUUCAGUUAUUUGCAGCACUUUUCUGGUAUUUAUCGUUGGCUAUCUGUAUUUUGGCACUUAAUCUUGUACAAAGGAGUUUCUAGGAAUUGCAGGUAUACUAUUUUGAGCUUCUCCUUAUUCAUAACUGAUAAGAAAGCUUCUAUUUUUCAUGUUUCUCGUCUUA